GCUACCAGCCACGGGUGCUUGCUUGCUAGUCCUGCCUAGAGGCCAUGACACCCUCCCUGCCUCCUCCCACUUCCUGUCAGCUUGUGAUUGUGUGUCCUACUCACUCAGCACUAAACACAGAGGACCAGAGGAGGAGGGGAGACAACAAGGGAAAGGGGGAGCCCAUAACUGCUGGAUAUCCUACUCAUGUUGCCCUGAUCAUCACUGGAGUCACUAUGUCUGAGCAAGGUUCAUGAUGCCGCGCUGCCUGGCAAAUGGCUGCAGAAACGGCUGUGAGAGGACAGACCCUUCUGUCACUUUCUACUCGUUCCCUGCAGAGGCAGCAGCUGCGGGGCACUGGGCCUUCAGGUGCGGCGUGUCCGGUGCCAGCUGGGACAGACUGGUGCAUGAUGUGGUACAAGGAGGAUCUGGAAAUUACCAGCUGUGCUCCCUGCAUUUUGAGGACUGUGCGUUUGAGGAGAGCCCGGACCAACAUGGUCGGCGCAGGUUACGGCAGAACGCGGAACCAACACUAUUCCUGAACAGCUGCUCAGCUCCACGGGACCAGGGCAUCACUAGCUCUGAGCAGGACUCUACUCCCAGGCCCGAUCAGCCUCCCAAGCCCAAGAAAGAUCUUCCAGGACCCAUUCCAGGAGGGUCUCACAGCACGGGACAGCCCACAGGCCACAGUUCCCAUACGCCAGUGAAUCAGAUUGUUCUCAAUUUCUCAGACCAGGACAAGGUUCUGACAUCCAGUAAUGUUCCUGUGACGUGUGUGUCCCACUGCUGCCAACACUGCACCUGCCAAGGCUCACAGCCUGUAGUCAAACAGAUUGUUCUCAUCUUCCUGGAGCCCCAAAAUGCAUUUGCCAGACAAACCCCUCCCAGCUCCUCUCAAGGCGUCCAGCAGUCUGUGGACUCCAGCACCCAGACAGAGCCUUGUGAUGAUCAACUCAGGAAACCAGAGGGGGAAGGAAGGAAGUUCUCACACAACCAUCAAGAUAGUUGUAACUGCUCUCAUAUCUGCUUUCAGCCGUCAUCAUUAAACCAGUGUGUCAGCAGUCUGCUGGAGCAUCACCAGGUGUCAUUGCAAGAGUCCGUGGUCCAGCCUUGUGUCUCCGCCUCUACCUCCCAGUGUUUGCGCCACGGGUCCCAGUCACUGGUUAAACAGAUUGUGCUUAAUUUUCUGGAGCAGGAAUCAGUAACACACAAUGUCCCCUGCACUGACCUCCCCCCAACUGGUAGUUGCCAGCACCAGCCCAAGGACCCACAGGAUCAACUCAGGAAGCCCAAAGAAAAAGCAGAAAGCCCUUUGCAACCUCCAGAGAAACCUUCAGUGCUACAAGAGAGAGCAUCUUCCCUACUAGAAACUUGCGUCCCAGAGAGCCCCUCGGCACUCCUGGAGAGAUCAUUCCCUCUUCUGGAAACACACCUCUUAGAGAGGCAUUCACCUCUGUUAACAACACACUCCACAGAAAGACCCUCUUCUCAGCUCAAGAUGCACCGUCAAGAAAGACUCUCUCCCCAGCUAGAAAAACACCCCCCAGAGAGACACUCGACUCCUCUAGAAACACACUUUCCAGAGAGACCAUUGCUUUUGCCAGAAACACAACUCCCAGAGAAACCAUUAUCCCAGCCAGAAACGCAUCUUCCCGAGAGACUGUCUGAAACAAACCUCCUAGAGAAACCAUCUACGCUACCAAAAACACAUCUCCCAGAGAUACCCUUGGCCCUUCUAGAGAUGCACUUUCCAGAGAGACCCUCAACCCUUCUAAAAACAAACUUUCAAGAGAGACAACUGCCUCUUCCAGAAACACACACUCCAGAGAGACCAAUAAAUUUUACAGAAAAACACCUCUCAGAGAGAAGCGAAGAGAGCCCAUUAAGCCUGUCACAAACAUGUUUCCAAAAGAGAUCAUCGCUCCUUCCAGAGAAAUCAUCGGUCUUGCCAGAAAUACACAUCCGAGAGAGACCCUUGCCACAGUCAGAGACACAUUUCCAAGAGAGACCAACAUCCUUGCCGGAAAUGCAUAUCUCAAAGGGAAAAUCAUGCAAACAAGAAAUAUAUCUCCGAAAGAGUACCUCACCCUUACCAGAAACACUGCUCCAUGAACAAUUAUCACUUGUGACAAAAACACACCCCCCAGAGAGAUCACCACCCCUGCCAGAAAUACAUAUUUCAGGGAAGCCAUCACCCCUGAGAGAAUCACACAUCUUAGGGACACCACCCCCCCUGAUAGAAACACACAUCUCAGGGAUAUUGUCACGCCUGCCAGAAAUUCAAAUCUCAGGAAGGCCAUCACCUCUGCCAGAAACACGAAUACGAGAGACUCCCAUGACAGAAGUUUACACACCAGGAGCACCACCAACCUUGACAGAAGCACACCUCACAGAGACACAAUCACCCCUAACAGAAACACACAUCUCAAAGACACUAGUACAUAUGACAGAAACACACAUUACAGAGAGACAAUCGCCCUGGCAAGAAACACACCUCCAAAAGAGACCAUCAACAGUACUAGGAACACUUCUUCCAGCGAGAUCAUCAUCCCUCCCAGAAACUCACCUGCUAGAGAGACAAUUUCAUCUUUCAGGAACAGACCUCCCAAAGAGAUCAUCGCCCAUGUCAGUAACACACCUCUCAGAGACACUAUUGCUUCUGUCAGAAGCAGACCUUCCAGAAAUACUAUCACCUCUGCUAGAAACAGACCUUCCCAAGAGACCAUCACCUCUGCUAGAAACAGACCUUCCCGAUAAACCAUCGCCCCUGUCAGAAACAGACUUCCCAGAGAGACCAUCACCUCUGCUAGAAGCAGACCUUCCAGAAAGAUCAUCACCUCUGCUAGAAGCAGACCUUCCAGAGAGACCAUCACUUAUGCUAGAAACAGACCCUCCUGUGAGGCUAUCACCUCUGCUAGAAACAGACCUUCCAGAGAGAUCAUCGCCCCUGCCAGAAGCACACCUUGCAAAGAGAUCAUCAUCCCUGCUAGAAAUAGCUCUACCAGUGGGACCACCGUCCCUGCCAGAAACAGACCUCCUAGAGAGACCAUCGUCCUUGGCAGAAACAGAUCUCCCAGAGAGACCAUUGUCCCUGCCAGAAACAGACCUCCUAGAGAGACCAUCGUCCUUGGCAGAAACAGAUCUAACAGAGAGACCAUUGUACCUGCCAGAAACAGACCUCCUAGAGAGACCAUCGUCCUUGGCAGAAACAGAUCUAACAAAGAGACCAUUGUCCCUGCUAGAAACAGACCUCCUAGAGAGACCAUCGUCCUUGGCAGAAACAGAUCUCCCAGAGAGACCAUUGUCCCUGCCAGAAACAGACCUCCUAGAGAGACCAUCGUCCUUGGCAGAAACAGAUCUAACAGAGAGACCAUUGUACCUGCCAGAAACAGACCUAGAGAGACCAUCGUCCUUGGCAGAAACAGAUCUAACAGAGAGACCAUUUUCCCUGCUAGAAACAGACCUCCUAGAGAGACCAUCGUCCUUGGCAGAAACAGAUCUAACAGAGAGACCAUUGUACCUGCCAGAAACAGACCUAGAGAGACCAUCGUCCUUGGCAGAAACAGAUCUAACAAAGAGACCAUUGUCCCUGCUAGAAACAGACCUCCUAGAGAGACCAUCGUCCUUGGCAGAAACAGAUCUCCCAGAGAGACCAUUGUCCCUGCCAGAAACAGACCUCCUAGAGAGACCAUCGUCCUUGGCAGAAACAGAUCUAACAGAGAGACCAUUGUACCUGCCAGAAACAGACCUAGAGAGACCAUCGUCCUUGGCAGAAACAGAUCUAACAGAGAGACCAUUUUCCCUGCCAGAAACCGACUUCCAAGAGACACUAUCGCUUCUGUCAGAAACAGACCUACCAGAGAGACCAUCACCUCUGCUAGAAUCAGACUUUCCUGAGAAACCAUCAACCCUGCCAGAAACAGACCUUGCAGAGAGACCAUCAUCCCUGUCAGAAACAGACGUCCAGGAGAGAUCAUUGUUCCUGCCGGAAACAGACCUCCCAGAGACACUAUCACUUUUAUCUGAUACAGACCUCCCAGAGACUCUAUCACUUCUGUCAAAAACAGACCUUCCAGAGAGACCAUCACCUCUGCUAGAAGUAGACAUUCCACCGAGACCAUCACCUCUGCUAGAAGCAGACCUUCCAGAAAGACCCUCACCUCUGUUAGAAACAGACCCUCCUAAAAAGCCAUCAACUCUGCCAGAAACAGAUCUACUCGUGGGACCACCAUCCCUGCCAGAAACAGACCUCCCCGGGAGCUCAUUGUCCCUGCUGGAAACAGACCUCCUAGAGAGACCAUCAUCCCUGCCAGAAACAGAUCUACCCAUGGGACCACCAUCCCUGCCGGAAACAGACUUCCUAGAGAGACCAUCGUCCCUGCUGGAAACAGACCUCCCAGAGAGACCAUCACCUCUGCUAGCAACAGACCUUCCAGAGAGAUCAUCACCUCUGCUAGAAGUAGACCUUCCAGAGAGACCAUCACUUAUGCUAGAAACAGACCCUCCUGUGAGGCUAUCACCUCUGCUAGAAACAGACCUUCCAGAGAGACCAUCACUUAUGCUAGAAACAGACCCUCCUGUGAGGCUAUCACCUCUGCUAGAAACAGACCUUCCAGAGGGAUCAUCGCCCCUGCCAAAAGCACACCUUGCAAAGAGGUCAUCAUCCCUGCUAGAAAUAGCUCUACCAGUGGGACCACUGUCCCUGCCAGAAACAGACCUCCUAGAGAGACCAUCGUCCUUGGCAGAAACAGAUCUCCCAGAGAGACCAUUGUCCCUGCCAGAAACAGACCUCCUAGAGAGACCAUCUUCCUUGGUAGAAACAGAUCUCCCAGAGAGACCCUUGUCCCUGCCGGGAACAGACCUUCCAGUAAGACCCUUGUCCCUGCCGGGAACAGACCUUCCAGUAAGACCCUUGUCCCUGCCGGGAACAGACCUGCCAGAGAGACUCUUGUCCCUCCCGGGAGCAGACCUGCCAGAGAGACCCUUGUCCCUCCCAGGAACAGACCUGCCAGAGAGACCCUUGUCCCUCCCGGGAACAGACCUGCCAGAGAGACCCUUGUCCCUGCCGGGAACAGACCUGUUAGAGAGACCCUUGUCCCUCCUGGGAACAGACCUGUUAGAGAGACCCUUGUCCCUCCCGGGAACAGACCUGCCAGAGAGACCCUUGUCCCUCCCGGGAACAGACCUGCCAGAGAGACCCUUGUCCCUCCUGGGAACAGACCUGCUAGAGAGACCUUUGUCCCUGCCGGGAACAGACCUGCUAGAGAGACCCUUGUCCCUGCUGGGAACAGACCUGCCAGAGAGACCCUUGUCCCUCCCGGGAACAGACCGGCCAGAGAGACCCUUGUCCCUGCCAGGAACAGACCGGCCAGAGAGACCCUUGUCCCUGCCGGGAACAGACCGGCCAGAGAGACCCUUGUCCCUGCUGGGAACAGACCGGCCAGAGAGACCCUUGUCCCUGCCGGGAACAGACCGGCCAGAGAGACCCUUGUCCCUGCCGGGAACAGACCGGCCAGAGAGACCCUUGUCCCUGCCGGGAACAGACCGGCCAGAGAGACCCUUGUCCCUGCCAGGAACAGACCGGCCAGAGAGACCCUUGUCCCUGCCGGGAACAGACCGGCCAGAGAGACCCUUGUCCCUGCCGGGAACAGACCGGCCAGAGAGACCCUUGUCCCUCCCGGGAACAGACCGGCCAGAGAGACCCUUGUCCCUCCCGGGAACAGACCGGCCAGAGAGACCCUUGUCCCUCCCGGGAACAGACCGGCCAGAGAGACCCUUGUCCCUCCCGGGAACAGACCGGCCAGAGAGACCCUUGUCCCUGCCGGGAACAGAUCGGCCAGAGAGACCCUUGUCCCUGCCGGGAACAGAUCGGCCAGAGAGACCCUUGUCCCUGCCGGGAACAGAUCGGCCAGAGAGUCCCUUGUCUCUGCCGGGAACAGACCGGCCAGAGAGACCAUUGUCCCUGCCGGGAACAGACCGGCCAGAGAGACCCUUGUCCCUGCCGGGAACAGACCGGCCAGAGAGACCCUUGUCCCUGCCGGGAACAGACCGGCCAGAGAGACCCUUGUCCCUGCCGGGAACAGACCGGCCAGAGAGACCCUUUUCCCUCCCGGGAACGCACCUGCCAGAGAGACCCUUGUCCCUGCCAGGAACGCACCUGCCAGAGAGACCCUUGUCCCUGCCGGGAACGCACCUGCAAGAGAGGCCAUCGUCCCUGCCAGAGAGGCCAUCGUCCCUGCCGGAAACGCACCUGCCAGAGAGACCAUCGUCCCUGCAUGAAAUGCACCUGCCAGAGAGACCAUCGUCCCUGCCAGAAACGCAAAUGUCAGAGAGACUAUCCCCCCUGCCAGGGAGGCCAUCUCUUCCAGAAACACCCCUGUCAGAGACCCCAUUACUACUGCAUGAGAUGCAUCUCAAUGAGACUCACUUUUCUCACCAGUUGGAGAGACCUUUGCGGAUUCAGAGUGCAUCCCAUUCUAAGGCCUUCUGUUUGACACCAUCUUUAGUCCAGGAUCCAGUGACCUUUGAAGACAUUGCAGUGUAUUUCUCAAGGGAAGAGUGGCAGAUCUUGGAAACCCAUGAGCGGGACCUCUACAGGGAGGUGAUGAGAGAGAACUAUGAGUCUCUGCUCUCUGUGGGUUAUUCACUGGAGAAGCCAGAGCUGGUUUUGCGCAUUGAACGCAACGAGCGGGACCUCUGGGACCACCGUCUUACACAUCGCAGAAGACAUUUUGCCUUUAAUGAACAGAACUGGUGCUCACCUAACAGGAACCGGCAUCUGAUCCACUCUGCGAAAAUGCAGGAGACUAAGGCCCCAGCAUGUGCUGUAGUCGGCGGCUCUGAUAAGAGGAGCAGUCACCUUGGGGCCUUGAUGAGACUGGUAAAUGAGAUCCCUGGGUUCUUGUUGGGAAAUACUGUGACAGAUGGCAGUCCCUCUCCUGCUGGGACACUGGAGGAUCAACCAGAUAUCCAGGGACCAAGUGUGGAAGUUAAAAUAGAGAACAUUUCCCUGAUUGAUACUCCUACUGCUACACCUGCUCCACAUCUGGGAAACGCGUCAGCCAUUCACCAUAGCACAGCCAGCGCCAGACAUGUGAAGCAGAGUUCCCUGGCGGUUGUAACAAAGACGGAAGAAGCUGAGAUCGCAAUAGACGCAACAGCCACAAUGCCGGUUCCACAUCCAAAUGUAUUGUCUUUAGGCUCUAACCCUGAUAAAGCCUAUGGGGCUUCUGCCAGCGCCAUGUGCAGAAAGGUGGAAAUGAAAAUAAAGCAAGAGAAAUCUCCCAUGCGCAGUCCAGCCCACAGCUACCGGGGUGCGUGGCCAGAGAGUCACUUCACGAAGAGCAGGUCUUCCCCCCACAAUACAGGAAACAUUUUACACAGCCCAGGGGCUCGGGUGUCCCACACGCCAGAGAGUCCCAUUACAAGGGCUUGUUUUGAAGGUGGAAGUGGAUCUCCCCGGAUGUCUGCCCCGCUGAGCUGUUCCUCAAAAAGCACAAGUAUGUCUCCUCUCUCUUCUACAGAUGGCGCAAAGACUGUGCAACAAGGAGUGAGAAUUAAACAAGAGGAUUGUGGGAAUGAGGAACGUCUCAUGAAGCCUGUGCGUAUGAAGGUUGGGCAAGCUCCACUACCUCCCGUUCCUACUUUGUACCAAGACCUCAAGAGACCAGGAGCUACCAGCAGAAGGUCCCCUGCAGACAGAGUAGGGAGGGGAAAUUCUCACCUACACGGUUUAGUGAACUGCCUAAAAGAGAUCUCCAACAGCCGCCCACAUCCUUACAACACGUUCUUCAGUACAGCCCCAUCAGUGGCCCAGAGAAGUGCCGAGUUGGACAGAAUCUGUGCAGAAACCGCCAUUAGAGAUGGUGCAUUGGGCAGUCGGAUGAGGGAAAUGCCCCCAAUGCCACCAAACCCUUUCACUGUGGCUGUUACUAAUGGCGCUUUCCGACUGAACAGUGGCGAGCACAGGGUGCCAGAUGACUGGAGCCCACAACUUAGCAGACACGAGGAGCAUCGAGGUGGCAUGUUGUACCCAGCUCUAGGAAGAUGCCCAGAAAAAAUCCCCACUCAUAACUCCAGCCCACACAGCACAGGUGUACACAGCUCACAUAGGAGCAACGAGGCCCGUAGACCAGACCUAGGGCUGAAGAGGACUCACUCUGAUGAUCACACACGGAUGGGGCAUAGUGUGAAGCGCCAGGCUCUUGAGUCAUCCAGCCCAUCCCAUACAAUCACCAGCUGCCCUUCUGGGCAGGGUGAGCUGAGGAGGCCCAGAGGAGAGGAGAAUAAGAGGAGCCAUUCUAAUGAGCUUCCAGCGGGAAAGUCCCAUCUGACGAGUGUAAUGAGCUGUGUCAGGAAGCUCCCAAGCUGCACAUCCAGUCCUCCUGUCAACCCACAAUGUGGCCCUUCCAGAAUCAACAGUGCUUCUCAGGAGCGGCUAAAGGCAGAGUCUGAUCUCAGAAGUGGCUUCCAAGAUGGAAGACACAAAGAGGGUAGCGCCCGUGUGAAAAAGGAGGAAGCGCAGAGCCCCGUACGACCAGUGCUUAACGUGUGGGUACAGCCUCUGAGCAGCCCCAGUGAACUGAGGAGCCCUGGAGUUCCUGCCAAGAAUGUUCACCUGAGUGGGCUGAUGAAGCUGAUGCAGGAGAUCCCAGUGACGGAGUCCAGCAGCUCCUCCAGGGCGAUGUUCAGUAUUGCGGUGGGACACUCAGAGACCAGGAGACUAGAGGGAAGAUUAGACAGAGCCAACCCCUUAGCGCAUUGCAGUGACGAUGGCAUUUUCCAGCCUGAGCCAAACGAGAACACCAUUGCAUCCGUAGACUCCAUGUUCAGUGAUGAUACAAGUUGGUCUUCGGAGAAUGCAGACCCCUUGUAUUCUGCCAUUGGUGGGCUGCAGAAGGUGGUGAGUGAUGUGUCUGAAGUGGGAUCUGCCAGUCCCAUGACUGUGGCCUCUGCUGCUCCUGUAACCAGCGUCACUCAGGAGGGGAACAGAAUGAUUAAGGAGCACAGUGUCGGGGCGUCUUCUCAAGCACCUUCCUCUUGCCCUUAUCGCCUGAGUAGCCGUUUAAGAAGUGGAGCAAAAACUGCACCUGCGAAGGACGGGCGAAGCUGUUCUGCUGAGAAUGCGGAAGCAUCGUACGCAGCACUUUGUGGUCUGCAGAAGGUGGUCCAUGGCUUUUCAGAGCAGGAAUGUGUAAGCCCUUUAUCUGCCAUCCGAACCCAACAAUACUCCAGUGUUCAGCAAAGCCCUGCAAGAAGGAGGGUGGAGCAGGAGGAGAUCAGAGACUCACCACAUGUAAAGGACAGCUCUCCGGCACUGAGGGGCUCGUUUCUCUGUGAAGACGGGAACUGGCCCUCGGACAGCGACUCCUCCUACUCUGCCAUCAGCGGCCUCCAGAAAGUAGUGAAUGGAUUUUCUGAGAUUGGCUGCAUAAGUCCAUUCUCUGCUGUCAGCACCACAGCCAGUGAGGGAGCUACAGAGAUCUCCAGCAAGAGGAAAAGUGACCAUCAGAUACCAGAUUAUCCAGCUGAGGAUCUGCCUCGAUCGAGGGCGUCAUUUCUAACACAAGAGGACUGGGCGGCAGAUAGAGUGGACUCGUCAUAUUCAGCAAUCACCGGGUUACAGCAGGUCGUCAAUGGAGUCCCUAAUAUUGGGUCACUGAGUCCCCUCACUAUAGUUAGCAACCUUUCCAGUGACGGUGGUCAGGAGCCCGUCGCAAAGAGGAUAUGUGAGCGCAGUGAUGAGGAUGUCCAGUUGGUGUCACCAAGGCCAAUAACAGAGAAACCAGCACCUCCAGCCAAGGCAGUGACUGUGAUACCAGAUUGUGGGUCACACAGACUGGCUAAGAAACUGGCCUCUCACAGCACAUGCAUUGAUCUAACCAAAGAGGAAGAGCAAGUGUGUGAUAAAGCUGCCACUACCGUUCCGAGCAGGCAGGAUAAACACCGACAUAACCAAGCCCCAAAUGUCCCCAGGAACUCAUCAUCAAGUAGCCAGUGUAUCGAUCUUACUGAAGAUGAGGAACCAGUGACUAAAGGCAAAGAUUUGAAUGCAGAUGCUGAAGGAAAGAAAUUGCGCCGUUCUGGUGGCACAUGGAACCAACCUAGCGUUGAGAAGUGGCGCAAUUCCUCCAAUGAGCCUGCAAGGUCAAGCAGUAGAGACAAGAAUAAACGUCUGGAUCCUCCUGUGCAGGAGAGGAACAUCAGCAGACCAGGAAUACCGGCGGUGAAUGAACAUCUCAGUGGUUUGGAAAAGCUUUUGAGGGAUGUACCAGCAUUUGGCUCUAGACAUCAAAGUAACAAUCCAAAUGGAUAUACACAAGAUGUCUCCUGGUGGUUUAAAAGCACAUCCCCUCACGAAACUUGAAGACUGUAUAUAAUGGAUACCAGAUAAAGAUGGGGCGAGAAGCAAAUAUUCCAUUUUCUAGGCUACAACAAACCUUUUUGGUACUUACUACAGUGGAACUGAGACAUCCCACUAGGCAAAGGUCCUCGCUGCAACCUCUAAAAACACUAUUGUGACUAUAAAACUCUAUAUUUUUAUAAAAAAACAGAAACAAAAAAUAAACAAAACAAAAAUAAAAAAGGUGAAACAAUGUUGGUAGAAGGAGGAGGUCAAAGCUGCUGUCCCGCCAGUUACAUGAACGAUGAGAGAUAGAACACCGAGGAUCAGGCUGAUGAGACCAUUAAAGACACCUGAUAAUGAGAACGCUCCACUUACAGGGUCGUAAAAAGUGAACAAAAUUCUGAUUUUGGAGUAAACCCAGACUGAGCAGAUGCCAUAUUACUAAUUACUGAGGACCAAGAUGCCCAUUGUGUUGUGUCACCAUGAUCACAUUGUGCAACAAACUCGGCGUGACAUUUGUGUACCGGUGACAGGAGGAGAAUUAUCAGUCGCAAAAUAGUCUUCAGCCCACAAUCCCUACCCGAUCUCUCGCUGCGCUGCCUCAGAUAUACUGGCGCUUCUUCUACCUGCAGGACACAUACCAGUUGUAGUUGAAUGUGGAUCAUACCAAGCACAAGGUGGUUUAUAUCAGGAGAAUGAACUGCUGCCCCC